UCCAUGAAAUCUAGUGAGAGAAACCUCCUUCAGUUUUCUGUUGCGUGCCUCUGUGAGUGGUUCUUACCAAGGAGCAAAUACUGGUGGCUAUUCCUUAUCAGAAAAGGGGAGUUUCCCUACCCUAAGAGCUUGCAUUUCCCAGCAUCUCUUCCUGGUCCUCCUGCCAUUUUCCAUCCACAGAUCAAAGGUUCAAGGAACAGUCAAUAUGUUGAAGGAGAUCCAGAUGUUCCUGUGUAUCUUUUUUGCAUUUGCAUUAGGGAUAUUUUAUGAGCUAUCUGUUGAACCUGGUUGCUUAUUUGCCUGCAAACCAAUUUCCAAGACAUUCCUGACCCAGAAAGAAGUCAUGACCCAGGGGAGGAAAAUCAUCUUUCUGGAGACAACUGAUCGUUUACAGCCUCCUCCACUCGUCUUAUGUUCUGUGGAAUCCGCUGCCAGAAUUUACUUAGAUAGGCCCAUUGUUUUCUUUAUGAAAGGAUUGGACAAUAACACAUUGGUGGAUGUCAAAUCUUCCUGUCCAGCUCUUUCAGCCAUAUCUGCUAUGAAGAAUGUUUUCAUUUUCCCACUGAAGAUGGAUAUUUUGUUCCAGGACACACCUCUACACCCAUGGUAUCUUAAGGUCAAUACAACACAGGAGAAGUACUGGGUCUAUAUUAGCUCUGAUGCAAGCAGGCUUGCAAUGAUCUGGAAAUAUGGUGGGAUUUAUAUGGACACAGAUGUCAUUUCUAUCAGACCCAUCCCAGUCACAAACUUUUUGGCAGCCCAAUCUUCUCAGUUCUCUAGCAAUGGAAUCUUUGGUUUUCACCAGCAUAACUGGUUCCUCUGGGACUGCAUGAAGAAUUUUGUUGAGAAUUACAAUGGAGAUAUUUGGGGAAAUCAGGGCCCUUAUUUAAUGACAAGGAUGCUGGAGGGGCUAUGCAAUCUUACAAAUUUUCAUAAGAUAGAGGAUAAAAGAUGUCACAACAUUUCCUUCUUGCACCCCCAACGCUUCUAUCCCAUCUCUUAUCAACAAUGGAAAAAGUACUAUGAAGUGUGGGACUCAAUGCCAGACUUCAAUGACUCUUAUGCUUUACACUUGUGGAAUUUCAUGAAUCAUGAACGGAAGAAUAUGACCAUUGGAAGUAACACACUAGUGGAAAACAUAUACAAAAAAUAUUGCCCAACUACUUACUGGAGCCUUGUUCAAGCCGCAGAAGGAAAUAAACAGAUGUCUCUAAAUAAAACUAGCUGACUAUUAAAAAAAAAAGACAACAUACUUUUUCUCAUUAAAACCCUAAUAAUCCUAGGAUAAUAUAAAUUGGU